ACGGACUUAGAGCAGCAUUCUCAUCUUCAAAAAUAGAAGCUCAAACACAGAGCGAGAGAUGCAUUGUCAAGUAUCUUUCUUGGUCGUCGUCGCCAUUCUGAUCUUCACUUCCACAACAGAUGCAAGAAAAGACCCAGGUGAGUACUGGGUGAGCAUCAUGAAAGAAGAGCCCAUGCCAGAAGCAAUUGAAGGCCUCCUCCAUGCUAUCAACCCUGCAUCAGAUCAGCCUCAUCUCACUUCUCUCUCCGAGAAGGAGGCCGACUGCCAUGGAGACAACAAACUAGAGGACGAUGGAAGAUUUGCCGGCGAUUUCGAGCCGAGGCCCAACAUCUCAGCUUAUGGGGACGAUGCCAAGCUCAAAGAGAAGAAGUUCUCAGAGGAUUUCGAGCCGAGGCCCAACAUCUCGGCUUAUGGGGGUGACACCAGGCUCAAACAGAAGAAAUUCAGGGAAGAUUUCGAGCCAAGACCAAACAUAUCGGCUUACGGGGAUGAUGCUCAGCUCAAAGAGGAGAAGUCAUUCGCCAAAGAUUUCAAGCCACGGCCCAAUAUCUCGGCGUAUGGUGAUGACUAAAGGUGAAGAAAGACGACAAUAAGGUGUUACUGCUUUGUGUGAUGUACUUAAUUUUGCAAUGUAAUGUGAACGCGCGUGUCGUCAAAGCCGGGGAAUUCUUCGAAUAGAGCUGAUGUCCGGCUAUGGCAAUCGUAUGGGGUGUGGCGGGUUCCGUUGGUCUGGCUGUCAAUUUGUCUUUCAAAUUCUCCUGCUCUGCUCUAUGGCAGUAGUUGAGUUCUAUGGUGAAAAUAAAACGUGGUUUUAAAA